ACAUGAUUUUCUAGCCAGCCUUUAUCAGGGCCAACCUCCCCCCCCCUACUCUGUCCAUCUCCUUCCAACCCUCGCCAGAUUUCCUCUGGGAACUGAUCGGGUCGACUCGAUAUUGCCGCCUAUCCUCGGCAUUGACGUUGACAAGUGACGUCGGCUGAAAUUGAGGCUCUCGCAAGUCACAAGGCGACAAAUUUGCGGAAAUUUUUCGUUUGCCGGCUAAUGCGCUACGGCUGCUCAGCUUGCCCUAUCCGGCAAAGAAUCUCAGCAGUUGGAAACUCGCCCAUCGUACAGCAGCAGAACUAGCCUUUCUGCUCGACAUCUCCAGCAUCUACCCUGUGGGAACGGUUUUGGCACGGCUUUGCCGACUGCUUAUCUACCGAGAGAGGGUCAGAAACCCUUGGUUUUCGCAGAUUGGGCCGUGCACUUUCGAAGCGCGCUGCCAACAUGGUUCGCAACAUCAUUGUCCUCGGCGGCAACUCCCAUCCCCAGCUGGUCGACAGCGUUUGCAAUAUUCUCGCCAUCUCGCCUUGCAGUCGUAUCCUGUCAAAGUUUUCCGUUGGGGAGACUCGCUGUGAAAUCAAGGACUCUGUCCGUGGAAAGGAUGUAUACAUCAUCCAGACCGGCUCAGGCAUGGUCAACGAUGCCUUGAUGGAUUUGUUGAUCAUGAUCUCGGCCUUGAAGACGGGAUCUGCAAGGAGAGUCACUGCUGUCCUCCCACUCUUUCCCUACUCUCGGCAGCCUGAUGCUCCAUACAAGAAGGCUGGAGCUCCCUUGUCAAAACGCGCAACGGGAACCGCCAAGGGAGACUACACUUUUGAAAGUGUUCCCCCCACUCCUGGGCCCGGGCUGCCCAAGAGCGCUGGGAUAGUGGACGGCGACGAUGUCACGGAUCUGAUGAACAGAACCUCGCUGUCUAACGGGAACGGGGUUGCAUCCCAGCAGGCAAACGGUGAAGGUUCUUCCAGGCACGGAGACUGCAAUGGCGUCAACGGUGCCGGCGGCAAUGGAAGCCAAUCGGGGUCCGUUUCGCGUCUGCCGGGAAAUUACACGACUCACGACUUCGAGAAUCCCUCUCACAUUGCUUCUUUCGAGGCUAAGCCUGGGUAUAAGCAAUGGGUCGCCCAGGCGGGAACUCUGGUUGCAGAUCUCUUGACCUGCGCCGGCGCCGACCACAUCAUUACUCUAGAUCUCCACGAUAGCCAGUACCAAGGCUACUUCGAUGUCCCCGUGGACAAUCUCUACGCUCGACCUCUGUUGCAGCGCUACAUCACGCUGAACAUUCCCAACCACAAGGAGGCCGUUAUCGUCAGCCCGGACGCUGGAGGAGCGAAGAGAGCAACGGCCAUUGCGGAUUCUCUUGGCCUGAGUUUCUCCCUAAUACACAAGGAACGACGUCCGACCAAGAUCAGCCAGCGGCAAAACGCGAGCAUGAUGCUCGUCGGCGAUGUGACCGACCGUGUCUGUAUCUUGAUCGAUGACCUGGUGGAUACCGGGAAUACCAUCACCCGAGCCGCCAAGCUUCUCAAGAAGGAAGGCGCCACGAUGGUAUACGCGCUGGUAACUCACGGUGUGUUCAGCGGAGACGCUCUCGAUCGUAUAAAGCAGAGCGCCAUCGACAAGAUCAUCACAACAAACAGCGUGCCGCAAGACGAGCACAAGGCUCGCCUUGGUGCGCAGCUGGACGUCCUAGACGUCUGCCAUAUCCUGGCUGAAGCCAUUCGCCGCUCCCACCACGGCGAGUCCCUCAGCUCACUCUUCCAAUACGUCUGAAAAAAUGGCUCGAUUCAUCAACCCUGGAGUUCUGGGAGUAUUUGCCAUUUAUCAGCAUGAAACAAACAAGAUCAUCAUCGCAUAGACUCGCCCGCAUCGGAGGUCGCAGUACAUUUUGCCAUAGCAACAACAUAAGUGCAAUACCCAGUCCGGUAUUACAUGUUCUCUUAGUUUCGGUUCGAAUAGGUCUGAGGUAGAUACAGUUGGCUACCGAUUUUUUGGCAUCAACUUUCAUUCCCUUC